CAGACGAGAAAUUUCACGCUCAGGAAGGCUCCAAUACAACUCCGUGGCAGGGCGUUCGGGAGAAGCCGGGCAGCACUUCCAGGAAGAGGAGUGGACAUAAGAAACCUUUGUAAUACAAAUUACAGACUUAAAGGUAUCCAUUUACUCAAGUAAAUUUACCUUUCAAGGAAAUGAUGGAUUUCUUAAACUUGACCGAUCAAAACUUUACCUCAGAAGAAACAUUCAAUAGAAUGCCGUCUAAGAUUCUGGUCUCACUUACUCUGUCAUUAUUGGCACUGAUGACAACUGCUAUCAACUCUCUUGUGAUCACUGCUAUAAUUGUUACCCGGAAGCUACAUCACCCUGCCAACUAUUUAAUCUGCUCCCUCGCAGUUACCGAUUUUCUAGUGGCCAUCCUCGUGAUGCCCUUCAGCAUCAUAUAUAUUGUGAAAGAAACUUGGCUCAUGGGUCAAGUAGUCUGUGACAUCUGGCUGAGCGUUGACAUUACCUGCUGCACAUGUUCCAUCUUGCACCUCUCGGCUAUAGCUUUGGAUAGGUAUCGUGCAAUCACUGAUGCUGUCGAGUAUGCCAGGAAAAGGACACCUAAGCAGGCUGGGAUUAUGAUCACUGUGGUGUGGACUAUUUCAGUUUUCAUCUCCAUGCCACCUCUAUUCUGGAGACAUCAGGGAACCAGCAAAGAAGAUGAAUGCAUAAUCAAACAUGACCAUAUUGUUUUCACCAUUUACUCUACAUUUGGAGCUUUCUACAUACCACUGGCACUGAUACUCAUCCUCUAUUAUAAAAUAUACAGGGCAGCAAGGACAUUGUACCACAAGAGAAAUGUUAGUCGGGUUGCCAAAGGAGAGCCAAAUGGUCAGGCUCUGGAAAGCAGUGAGCGAAACAUUCACCUGGUCUCUACAUCAUAUGUGCAAGAGAAGUCUUUAUCUGACCCUUCGGCAGACUUUGAUAAAAUACAAAGCACUGUAAAAAGUCCCAAAUCGGAAUUAAGGCCAGAAAAAUCUUGGAGGAGGCAAAAGAUUUCUGGAACAAGAGAGCGGAAAGCAGCCACUACAUUGGGGUUAAUCCUAGGUGCAUUUGUGAUCUGCUGGCUUCCCUUUUUUGUCAAGGAGGUAGUUGUCAACAUAUGUGAGAAAUGUCAAAUUUCAGAUGAACUAUCUAAUUUUUUGACAUGGCUUGGCUAUCUCAAUUCUCUUAUAAACCCAUUGAUCUAUACAAUCUUCAAUGAAGACUUCAAGAAAGCAUUUCAGAAACUUGUGAGAUGCAGACAUUACCUUUAGAAUAAUAUAGUAUUGAAAGUUUUUUGUGUAUAUCUAUAUCUAUGUACAUGCUAUGUUCAUUUAAAUAUGUUGAAAUUUUGUGGGAAAGGAAAUAUUUUAAGAUUUCUUCACAUUUUAAAUUUUCUAUUGAUCAGAAUGUUUACUGAUAAAAGAUAGUUUUAUUUGACCAUCAUUAUGGGGUAUUGUGAAUCUAAGAAUGGUUUUAUGCAGAAUGAAAGCAGUAUUCAAUUUUCCUAUUCAUUUUUUAAAAUGUUAAUGGGACAUAUCUUCUAUUGUGUUGAUGACAGUAGUGGAAGGAAACUUUUUGGUUGCUAUCAAACUCUUUAAUCUUUAAGUCAGAAAGCUGACCUUAUAAAUUGCUGUUCUUCGUUUCUAAAGGGAAAAUGUAAUUCAUUCAUAAAAUAUGACACGCUCUAUCAGUUCACUAUCUCUCCAAUACCUGACCCCAAGAAGUUCCACUUCAUUUGACCAAAAUAAAGGUAGAAGAAUAACUUUAUUGAUCAAGAGACCUAGAAUUUAUCAUUCAACUUUGUCUUUCUCAUGU